AUAAUAUUAUUUAUGAGGUAUUUUAUUUUUUUAAUGAUAUAGAUGAAACAAGGUAUGUUAAAAUAGUUUUAUGCAUAAAUUUUUAAAACUUCUGUUUUUAUGUUAUAAAAAUUAAUUUUCAGCUUUUUCAAAAAGAUGAAUCUAUAAAAGUGUUUAGUUUGGUUUUGACUUUUCAAACAUAAAAAUACUUCUAAAACAGGCAUGCAUAGUAGAAGUUAGGGAUGAAAAUGGUGCGGUUUGGGAUGGAUUUCAAUAAAUUCAUCUUCAUCGUCGUUUUAAAUUCGUAAACUCAUACCCUCACCGUUCCCGUACGGGUGGAAGUUUCCUAUCCCCGCCUCCGUUCUCGUGGUUACUGGAUAAUAAUACCCUCCUUACAAAUCUAAAUCAAACUCAACUUAAAAUUAAUGUAAUUAAGUAGAAGACAGGUACGAUUUAAAGCUAAAAUGUUGAAGGUAUAUUAUACAUCAUAAGUGGGCCACAAAAGGUAUGAUAAAAUAUAACAAAAAAAUAAUAUGUAUUGAUAGAAUUAAAAAAGUGAAAUGAAGGUUUUUAGCAUUAUAUUAUUUGAAUUUCUUAGUGAAAGAUGGAGCAGGGAAAUAUAGGAUGACAUGUAAUUAUGUGUAGGUAAUAUACAAAUUAUAUGCAGGGCGAUUAUAUGCAUGAAGAUGGGCCGGUGACACCUCACUCAACCCAUCCCCGACGGCUGACUCAUCCCAUCACUUUUUUCUCUCCUUUUUUUGUGUAGGUGUUACUCAUAUCCGCUCGUACCCAAUUAAGAUGAGAAUUUCUCUCGUUGAUUGGGUUGGAUACCCACCAUUAUGUAUACAAUUGCCAGAUAUUUAUUGAAUGUCCUAAUAGCCAUUGCAGGCAGUAGGCAGACGACUCCGUUGAGACUGGAUUGGAAGUAGAGGAGAUUCGACUAAGGUGGACUUCCAUGUUUGAUUCCGAGGGAUAAGAAAAGCAAAUCAUAUGCUAAUUGUGUGUGUGAACACUGAAAAUUGUAAAGGAGUCACAUCCAAAAUCAGGUACCACAUCGGUGGUGAACAUGGGCUAAGAUCUGGUGAUUAGGGGGUCCCUUAGUCACAUGGCUAAGUGAAUCUCAGCCACUAAACCUCAUUAAAAUCAAAGGCCUCCAAUUAAUCCAAUUUAAUAAAGGGCAAUAGAGUAAUUACAUAUUUAUAUUUUAUUUUUUAAUUAUAAAAUGAAUAAAAAAAAUUAAGCCAGCGCUGUUCUCGUCCCCGUCCCCUUGCACCCCCUCCCGUCUCCGGCCCGGUUAAUUGCGCCGCCUCCCGUCUCCGGCCAGAAUUCCAUUAAUCGGAAGCUUUUUCCCACCCUAAACAUGGCCGAAGAGUUCGAGACCUCAAUCGAAUACUGGCUCAAGCUGUCCAAGCGAAUCUACUACGACAAAGAAUCUGCCGCCACGGCGCCGUCGGUACCAACCCCAUCGGAGAUGAUGCGUCAGAUGAUGUCCAGGAGGUCGUCGACCGGCGGCGGCAGCGACCAGCAGAUCAGCUACUUGUCGACAGCAGUCACUAUUUUCGCGGUGGUGUCGGAGCCGUUGCGAUCCGGCCAGGGGAAUUCCUGGGUUCCCCAGAGAGAGAGCGCCAUUAUUCCAGGGGAAUUUCCCGAGAGAGAGAGAGAGAGAGAGAGAGAGAGAGAGAUUUUUCUGACCGUAGAAAAUGAUAUAAUCAAAGUUGCGCAGGGUCAAGCUUCUCGAACCAAACAGAACCGGAUAGGAUGGAAAUCGAUCGGACAGUACUCACCUGUGAAUAAGGGCAAUCGAUAUAUGAAUCGAUCGGACAGAUUCAACUUGGAAUAAAGGGUAAUCAAUAUGGGUAGCUCGCCACAACCAGGGUGAAUACCUAGCUGAUAAGAGUCGCUCUAGCACUCUGGAGAUUCUCAACAGAGUAAUUAGGGCAAAUUCCAUGUAGGGAACUUGGCAAUAGCCUCUGAAAUUCAAUAAUGAUCAUCUAAAAGC